UCGACCGGCAGAGUGGGGCGAGCGUGCCGAGUGUGUGAGAGUUUCCUUGCAGUCUGGAUGUCUGUGGGCAAUCUGCCGGCACUUGCAUGGUGGACACGGCGUCUCUGCUCCUUCUGCAUCCACCCGCAGCUCCCGCUCGCUGCGUGGCUCCGGCCGCUCAGCAUGUCCCUCAGCCCGGCCCGGCCGCUCAGCAUGUCCCUCAGCCCGGCCCGCGAACACAAGAGCACGGGCGGCAGGAGGGAGAAGCCCCCCAAGGAUACCCUGCGCCACAUCAAGUCCCGGGAGAAGAGGAAACAUGGGGACAUACAUGGACCUUCCACCGUCUACCUGCAAGUUGUUGGGACGGGGAGUAGAGAAAAUGUGGCUUCGCUCUAUGUCUUCUCCGAAUAUAACAGAUAUCUCUUCAACUGUGGCGAAGGGACACAGAGGCUGAUGCAAGAACACAAGCUUAAGAUUUCUCGUCUUGACAAUGUUUUUGUGACCAGGAUGAGUUGGAGCAAUGUUGGAGGAUUAUCUGGUAUGAUUCUAACAUUGAAGGACACUGGUGUUCCCAAAUGUGUGUUUUCUGGACCACCGCAAAUUGGAAAAUACCUAUCAGCAAUAAGGACAUUCUCUGGCCCGUUACAAGGAAUAGAUUUAGCUGUACGGCCUUACACAGAGCCCCAGUACAUUGAUGAUACUAUGACUGUGCAUCAGGUGCCCAUAUUUGCCAAAUUGGACUCCCAAGCUAGUCCAGGUGGGUUCCCUGACCGAUCUAAUUUACCAAAGUUUGCUGAGAGGCAACAAAAAGAAUCUGAAGAUCAUCUGGAGGAAAAGCAAAAUGAAGAGCCAGAAAGAAGACCAAAAACAUCAACUAGAGAUCCUUCACUGGUAGUGGCUUUUGUUUGCAAGCUUCAUCCUAAAAAAGGCAACUUUCUUGUUAUGAAGGCAAAGGAGCUUGGUCUACCAGUGGGCACCUCAGCCAUUGGUCCAAUUGUUGCUGCCUUGAAAGCAGGAAGCAGCGUAGUGUUUGAAGGGAAGGAGAUCCGGCCUGAAGAGGUUUGCACGCCUGCUGAUCCGGGGCCUACUUUCCUUGUGCUGGAAUGUCCCAGUAAGGAGUUUAUUCAUCCUAUGUGUGAGAAUGAACAGCUCCAAAAGUAUCAGGCUGGAGGAAGUGAAGGCCCCACAGCAUUAGUUGUCCACAUGGUGCCUGAGCCGGUUUUGGCAGAUAAUGUUUAUAAAUCGUGGAUGGCAAGGUUUGGGCCCACCACAGAGCAUCUAAUCCUCAAUGAAAAUAAUCAAACAAUCCACAAUCUGCGCAGCCAUAAGAUCCAGACGCAGCUAAACCUUAUUCAUUCGGAGAUCUUCCCCCUACUAAAAACCUUUCAGACCAAGUUUCAGGAUGAACCUUCCACACACUCUGUGCCUGCUGUUCGAGGUCACUGCCUGCUGAAGUAUCAACUAAGACCCAAAUUUGAAUGGCAAAGGGAUGCUGUAGUUGUUGCUGACACAGAAAAAUUUAUUAAAGAAGCGAUGGAAAUCCCAGGCUUCAGGGAGGAAGUUGAAGAAUGUAAACAAGUAUUGGCUGCAAACCCUGCUCUCCCAUCAGGGAAUAUGGAGAAAUAUCCAGAAGUGGUUUUUCUUGGAACUGGUUCUGCGAUCCCGAUGAAGAUCCGAAACGUUAGCUCCAUCAUUCUAAAUGUAGACUCUACACGAUCUAUAUUGUUGGACUGUGGUGAAGGUACCUUUGGACAACUCUGUCGCCACUAUGGUAAUGACGUGGACAGGGUCCUCUGUAAUCUGUCAAUCAUCUUUGUGUCCCACAUGCAUGCUGAUCAUCACACAGGCUUAAUAAAUGUAUUGUUGGAACGGGAAAGGGCUCUGGCUGCUCUGGGUGAGGCCUUUAGCCCAGUUAUACUUGUGGGCCCGACACAGAUCAUGAACUGGUUGAAACAGUACCAUGAUCAUUGCCAGGAGAUCCUACACCAUAUCAAACUUAUCCCUGCAUGGCAUCUUGUGGAAGGUGCUGAAGGUAACAAGUUCAACACACAAGACUUGAUAAGCUCUUUGUUAAAGAACCUUGAAUUGGAAAAGUUUCAGACCUGUGUUGUACGUCACUGCAGAAAUGCUUUUGCCUGCAUUCUACAGCACAAAUUGGGCUGGAAAAUUGUGUACUCGGGAGAUACCAUGCCAUGUCCAAGCCUUAUUCAGAUAGGGCAGCAUGCAAAUCUGCUGAUUCAUGAAGCCACACUGGAAGAUGGACUUGAAGAAGAAGCUGUUGAGAAAACACAUAGCACAACUUCUCAAGCCAUUGAUGUGGGUAUGAAGAUGAAUGCAGAAUUUAUAAUGUUAAAUCACUUCAGCCAGAGAUAUGCCAAGAUCCCCCUGUUCAGUCCUGACUUCAAUGAUAAAGUUGGAAUAGCUUUCGACCAUAUGAGGGUGCGGUUUGCUGAUUUUAAGGUAUUACCAAAACUCAUUCCGUCCCUGAAAACCCUUUUUGCGGAUGAGAUUGAAGAGAUGGAGGAGCGCCGUGAGAAGCGUGAGCUUCGACAGUUGAAGGAGAUCCAGAGCUCCUCGACCACUAAUGGACCUGUGUCCCAAGGACAGUCAUCGGCUCCAAGGGUCGGUAAUGGAGCUGACAAAAUGAAACGGGAGCUCAAAGUAUAUGAUCAAGAUUUGGGUCGCAAAAGGAGCAAGCUGACUUGAGAUGCUGCUGAUAGUUAAAUCAUUGUCCUAAAGUCCUGCUUUAUAACCUGGAGUAAUUACUGUGAGGGGAAAGCCAAUCCUCUCUGACAAAGUGUUGAAUUGGUUUUGUUGUAUAAAUGAGAUUAUUGUACAGGCUGAAAAUGUGUAGUUUGAAUUAAAUCAGAUUAUAUUUGUUUUAUAUUUUGUUUUUAUUUUAAAAUGUUAUCGUACGUUUCAUCUAUGCACUGAAUGUUACUUAUUCAGCAGACUAUUCCUUAUCUCUUUUUCUUUUGGAUGGAGUCGUCCUGACUUUUAAAUGAAGACAUAGGAAACAAGGCAGAGUCAUUGAACACUACAGCACAGAAUCUGACCCUUCAGCUCAUCUAGUCUAUGCCGAACUAUUAAUCUGCCUCGUCCUAGCCACCUGCACCUGGACCAUACCCCUCCCAUCCAGGUAUCUAUUCCAAUCUCUCUUCAAUGUGAGUUUGAUUUCAACAUCCACCAUUUCUUCUGACAGCUUGCUCCACACUCUCACUACCUCAUGUUUCUCUUAAAUAUUUCACAUUUCACCUUUCACCCUUAACCCACGAUCUCACAUUCUAGUCUCACCCAACCUCAGUAGAAAAAGCCUGCUUGCACUAACCUAAUCUGUACCCCUCGUAAUUUUGUGUGCUUCUAUCAAAUCUUCUCAUUCUCCUAUACUCCAGGGAAUAGUCUUAAUCUAUUCAACCUUUCUGUAUAACUCUGUCGUUCCCAGGUCCUGGCAACAUCCUUGUAAAUUUUUCUGCACACAAUGAAUGCUCCAAAAUAAGCCUCGCACAAUAUAACUUCAACGAACAUCUCUACUCCUGUACUCAAUACUUUUAUUUUUGAAUGCCAGUGUGCCAAAAGCUUUCUUUACGACCCUCUCUAUCUGUGACGCCACUUUCAAGGAAUUACACGUUGGUAUUCACAGAUCUCUGUUCUACCACAAUUUUAAAAAUAAACAUCCUUUAGUUGUUCUACAUGAGGACAAAUAAUCAUUUUUUUGAAAAUGGGUAAUGUGAUUAUAAAUCACAUACCAGGCCACAGUUUGAAGUUUUCUCUUUAUUUAUAAUGGGGUAUCCUUCAUUUUUAAUUGCUCUUCAGGUUUUACCUCACUGGAUUACCCGAAGGUGCUGCUCCAUCUGUUGUUCAGCCCCACACCUCUGCCAUUGCUCUGUUGACGUAUUAGCUGUAAUACAGUACAGAAUUACUUUGCCGCCUUUCCAUUUGGAAAUCCCUCUGCCUCAUUCAAUAAUAAUUCCAACUGAGAUUGGGAACUCAGUUUAUUGAUGGGGCAAGAAAUCCACAGAGAAAAUCCCAAACCUUGCUUCAUAAUCCAGAUGCUGUGCAGCAAGUUUAAUGUUAAAAAGUGAUUGUUCACAUCUGACUGGAUAAAUAAAGUCCUCAUUGUAAGAACGUAUGCUGAUAAUCAUAACCUUUUACUCAUUAAUUACACUGGACAACAAUUUUUUUCAAAAGUGUUUCUUCCUCAGAAUUUUUUUUUGUUUAUGAUAGACUUCGUGAAGAUGAACACAAAUACAAUUUCAGUCCACUUGUAUCACAUAGGAAUUUGGAGAAACAACAAAUUAACUUUUAUUGAAUAUAAUGUGUUUAAUUGCAUAAUGGUGCUGAUGCUUUGCAAUAGUUCAACUAAGUUAAAAGUAUUUUGUUAAUGAUUUUCAUUUGUACUCAGUGUCUGAGGCUUCUCGCUUAAGUGUCCAACAAUAAUUCGCCAGCAUUGAUGAAUUCCAGUCGCCCUGGUAUCUUUUCUCCAUGACCGCAAUGUCCUGGUGAAACCUUUCACCAGCUUGUGACUAACAGCACCAAGAUUUGCAGGGAAGAAAUCUAAAUGGGAAUGCAGAAAUGAAUCUUUAGUGACAUGUUGCAUUUCAUGGUUUUAUAUGCUUGAAGUAUGCUUUCAACCAGCUGCAUGUAGUUCGGUGCUCUGUGGAUACCGAGAAAAAUUUCAACAACUUCCUUGAAUGCCUUCCAUGUGAUUUUCUCAGGUUGCACUAGAAAUUCUUCAUAUUGUCUGUCAUUGAUGACCUGUUUGAUUUCUGGACCAACAAAAAUGCUUUCCUUAAUCUUGGCAUCGGUUGUUCUGGGAAGCAUCUGCCUCAAAUACCAAAAUCCUUCAUAGAAAUUUUUGUGCCUGGUGAUAGCAAAUUCCAUCCUUACAGUCCUGAACCCAAUAACUAUUACUGAAACCUGUCCUGCCAUGCGGCAGCUGCACCGUCUAAGCGUGCCUGGACAAGAUAGGAAACUUUCCAGCUUACAUUGUAGGCAACAUUUUAAUUGACUUGAAUUAUGAAUUGAAAUAAUAAACAAGCUUAUUUUUAAAAAUUGUCUGUGAUAGGGAAAUUUCAUGGUGAUUUUCAUGAUCAGUAGCCCAAAAUUCAUAAGAUACACCUAAAGGUAUUCAGGAAGCAAAAUCUUUGUUGUCCAUUGUUAUUGUACUGAAUACCUAAUAUAUUUUGAAUGUAAAGUGCAAUCAUUAGAAUAAACUUAUUGGAGAUUUUGAAGCUGUGGAUAUUGCCUUA